AUGGCCACUGAACUAGUAGAUGCGCGGCGUCGCUCGCAGUCGCGGGCUUCGACCAGCUCCAUGCACAGCGGCAGCACGCAGCCCAACCUCGAACACAGCUUCCCCGAACUGUACUCUGCGACGCCAUGGCUAGAUGAUGGCCACGAUCACAGCCAGCACAACAACGGUCAUGCUCACCAUCCGCAUGCCGGUGCCGGCCAGAUGAUGAAGGCUGGCCUCGCCGGCGUCCACCCCCUUACGCCUGAGGAUAUCAUCCUGCAAGCCGCGUCGCAACUCGAGGCCAACGGCGACUUCUCCGGCCUCGACGCUUCCAUGGCCACGUCGGUUGGUCCCGCGCAGUCCUUCCACCACCACGCCAACGGCCUUGGUCAUCAACACUCUCUGCCCGGAGACACCAGUUUUGGCGCGGACGCCAGCUUUGGUGACCUCGACAGCCAGAUGGAACUGACCCGUGAUGGCAAUGAGGAUGGCGAUUCGUCUUUGGCAGCAGGCAUGGCCGCGAACGCUCCCAAGCCCUCUCGUUCUAGUGCGAACAACGAGCUGGAGAUGCGCCAGUUGUUCAAUGCCAACAAGGCGCGUAGCCUUCAGGAUGUUGCUGAAGAGCUGCACGGUAACGAGCGUGGGCCCAACUCGGAGCGCACUCGUCAGGUGUUUGCGAUGCUUUGGAUCAACCAGGUGUGCUCCAAAGGCAAGGGUUCCGUCCCACGUGGCCGCGUUUACGCCAACUACGCAUCGCGGUGUGCUAAUGAGCGCAUCACGGUGCUGAACCCUGCCAGCUUCGGCAAGUUGGUGCGCGUCCUCUUUCCCGGCCUGAGGACCCGUCGGUUGGGCGUUCGCGGCGAGUCGAAGUACCACUAUGUCAACUUCACUCUGGCCGAAGACGGCCCUGAUGUUCCAGACUCCCCAAGGCUGCAGGUCCCUUUGUUGGACAGCGUCAGUUUCUCACAUAGCUUUUCCAACGAGAGCAACAAUAAAAACGCGACGGGAACUGGGCUGCCACCCAAGGCUGUGUUUACCCCUGCCGGUGCAUUAAACCCAGCACACACUGCGUCAACUGACCAACAACAAAAACAAUCGCGCCAGCAAGAACAACAACCGUUCCAUCAACAACGCCUUCACCAGCAGCUGAAGCAGCAUCAAGAGGCUCAGUCGUCCGGCUCGGGCGAAUAUGUGCAGUGCCUUUACAACCAGCCCGACGCGAUGGGCAUCGAUCAGCUGAACGCUACUGCCACAAGCAAAACCAUCCAGAACCUCUUCUUGGCGUCUAGUGCCGACACGGAGCCGUUCUCGCAAUCCGACCCCCUUGUCUUGCCUCGCAUCGAACCUUUCCUCCCGAGUGGAACAGAUCCCGAUGCGGCCAAGUCUCUCGCCGCCCUCUAUCGCUCACACUGCACAUCCCUGGUCGAGUGCAUUCGAUACUGCAAAGAGAAGACGUUCUUCCACCUCUUCACCUCGUUCCAUGGCACACUUACCAUGCCCGUUCAAAAGCUGUUUGCCAACCCGGCGGUGGCCCCGUGGAUCGAAGAGUGCGAUUUUGCAUUGUAUCAGCGCAUGAUGCGCAUCAUCUCCGGCCUGACGCUUCAGGUCGUGCCUAAGCCCGUCUUGGACACGCUGAGGAACAUCUCAGAACGGCUCGUGUCUCACAUCCGCGAGUCCUUCCAGGGUCAGCCGUCACAUGUUGUUCGGGCCAAGGAAGCUCCCGCCACGAUCUUCGCUGGCUUGCUGGACCGCGCCCUCCGUGUCAACCUUACCGCACAUGCUGCCGCCAAUAUGCUCUCCAACCCCGCCAAUCGCGAUCAAAUGUAUCUGGACUGGAUUACUCUUGUUCGCGUGCGUAAGGUUGCCGAGUCUGUCCCCGCACGUGGUAUGGACGACGUUGUAAACCUGCUCAUCUCACAGUUGCGUGAUCUUCUCGACCCUGUCGAAGUUCCUUGGGAACUGGAGUCGGCUACUCUAUACGGCGAGUACGCUGCACGCAGCGGCCGCCGGUUAGAUAAUGAGAACACCGUCGAUGGCGGCGCGUCCAAUGUCCUUGACCGCUGGGUCAGCCUUCUGCAGUCACUUCCCGGCCGCUUCCCGUACGCAUCUCACAGAGACAUUGUGUGGUGCGUGCAGCGCAUCGGCACUGCGGUGAUGCGCGACUUGACUAUCCAGCAGGGCAAGAGCUUUGGAUCCUGGUGGGUCACCAAGUGCUGGAUUGACGAGAUGGUUGCCUUCCUGGCGGAACAGGGCGGCUUCCUGCGGCAGACCUCUUCACACCAAGAUCUGCUGGGCAAUGUCCAGGGCAGUGGUGUGUCCCAGAAAAACACUUCUGCCGGUCGGGAUGCAAGCCGGUCUGGCGCUCGGUAUAGCGGUGCCACGGACGACGCAAACUCUCCGCAUAUCCCGCAAUCACAGCCUGACCGUGCUCCCUUCCCAUCAGCCCCUAGCCACAGCUCAACAACCAACCAAGAGUCUAUGAACAUGGCAAACGGAAACCAUGAUGACAGCGGGAUUGGCAUCCGCACCCCCGACGAAGACUUUCCGAUGGACAAGUUCAGCUUUUCAAACGCCGACAGCCAAGAACUGAUGGUCAGCGCUGGCCUGCAUUAA